CUUAUGGUAAACGGCAAACGUCUUUAGUGAACGAACAACAGUUUAAGGUGUAGCAAUUCCAGAACUUGAUCUGUCAUUUUGCAAUUGCAUUUAAAAGAAUUUUUUUUUUCAAUUUUUGAUCAAUUUUCGCAUUUCGUUCGCGAAAACGUUUUUGUUUCAAUAUUUCCGUUAUUUUUUUUAUAAAAAAAGAAAAGAUGUCAUCACGUAAAACAGCCGGUCGUCGUGCAACAACAAAAAAGCGUGCACAACGCGCUACUUCGAAUGUUUUUGCUAUGUUCGAUCAAGCCCAAAUUGCCGAAUUCAAGGAAGCAUUCAACAUGAUCGAUCAAAACCGUGAUGGUUUCGUUGAGAAGGAGGACUUACAUGAUAUGCUCGCAUCGCUUGGAAAGAACCCAAGUGACGACUAUUUGGAUGCCAUGAUGAAUGAAGCUCCUGGGCCAAUCAACUUCACCAUGUUUUUGACCUUGUUCGGUGAACGCUUACAAGGCACCGAUCCCGAAGAUGUUAUCAAGAAUGCGUUCGGCUGUUUCGAUGAAGAGAACUUGGGACUCAUGCCAGAAGAACGUUUGCGUGAACUUUUGACCACGAUGGGGGAUCGCUUCACAGACGAAGACGUCGAUGAAAUGUACCGUGAGGCGCCGAUCAAGAACGGUCUCUUCGAUUACAUAGAAUUCACUAGAAUCUUGAAACAUGGCGCAAAAGACAAAGAUGAGCAAUAAAUAAAGACCAAAACCGAUUCAAUGCACGUAUAUAUGCACAAUCAAUUCCAAUAAUUAUGUUUCAGAGCCUGAGCCUCUUAGGCUUUCAGCGAUUUUGAUUUUUUUUUUUUAAAUAUUAGAUUAUCAUAUGCAAAAUCCAUAAUUUCUCUAAUUUCAAUUCCAAAAGAAAAUCAUCUAAUAUUCGUUAUUUGCGAUUAUCUAAUAAACCAUUUGUAUUGAACAAUAAAGAUAUAUUUCUUAUUAUUGAUUAACCAAAAA